AAACCCAGUUUUCCAAAGGUGUUUGAAUAAAGAUUUUGGUGUUGUUGAGGGUUGAAAAGUAGUGUGAUAGGGUGUUUAGUAGAUAAGCACAAUGGAGGAGGUAGGCUUGUGUUUGGAGGAAUGGGAUUUGAAGGAAAGAAAUCUAGAAAAGGCCUUCAAGAUUUGCUAUUCCCGCUGUAAGAAGGUUGAAGAUGAAUUCGACUCAACCCGGAGGAGGAAAUCAGUUGAAGGUUUAAGGUUUAAGGCCCGGGAGGAGGAAAUCAGGCUCUGGGAGAAGCAGUUGCAAGAGAAGGAGUCUUAUUUUGAGUCCCUGAGGGUAUCUGAGGAGGAGGAGUUGGAUGCAAUUGAAGAGGUGAUAACAGAGAAGCUAAUGCAAGUUGAACAAGUUAAGACUAAGUUGGAGUGUGUUAGUUUAUUGGUUGAAGAAAAGAGGCAGGAGCUUGAUAGUAAAGAGAAGCGGUCUCUGGAAGUUGAGAAGUUGGUUAGAAAACGAGAGGGAGUGUGAUUUGAUCCAAAACCGUAUUGAAGGGGGGACGGUGCAUUUGAGGAGGAUU